UAAUAGUUUUGAUUUUAAUUAUAAUUUCUUUUUCGUUUUGAAUGUUGUUUAGAUUAAUUUUUAUUAUAUCUAUUUUGUAAUGAAAGAUUAAAAUACUGGCCAAAGCAGGUUCUUUUGAAAAGAAAAGUAAAUCAAUGAUAUGUGUGACAUGCUAUAUAUAUGUUAAAAUUAUCUUUAUUUAAGAAGGCAAUUCAAGAAUUUGAAGAUUAAUAUACUUGUGUAUAAAGAUGGGGAAUAAAAUUGGAACACUACAAAAGCCAGUCGUCAUGACCAAAGCCUUUUUAGAAGAAAAAAUUAUCUGGGAGCUUGCCCGUGUUGAAGACUUAAAUAUUUCAGAGCUACAAAGGCUUGUUAAAAUGGAUGGAAUAGAAAGAAAUCUUGUAUUAUCUUUACAACUGGAGCAUCAAAGUUUAUUGAAUAUAAGUAAUUUAUGGAAGUUCACCUUGUUGACAAAACUGGUAAUGGCAAAUAACUAUAUAGAAGAAAUUGAAGGCCUUGAAACUUUAUCAAAUCUUCAACAUCUAGAUUUAUCUUUCAACUGUAUCAAAGUGAUCAAAGGCUUGGAUGGCCUUAUAAACCUGGAAUAUUUGAAUUUAUCCUAUAACGAAAUUACUCAUCUAGAAAACUUGGACAAUCAAAAAAAUUUAGAAACCCUGUUAGUACGACAUAAUAAAAUUAAAUCCUUUGAAAAUAUGCUUUAUAUAGCUCAAUUUGAAAAUUUGUUCUGUUUGGGCAUUGAAGAAAACCCAUUAAUGGAAAUGGAUAAUGGUCGAUUGCGAGUUUUAGGUGUUUUGCCUCAGUUGAAAUUUCUUGAUUUUAUAUUGGUGACAGAAAAUGAGUUACAAGAAGCAUUAUUACUCUAUCCAGUUGAAAACAAGGCUGAAUCUAAAGAUAAACUCUUUGAGAACUAUGGUGGUAAAGAUUGUUCAUCCUUAUGGGAAAUACAUCCUUCAGAUAAGGAAGCUUUUAUUGAUGGUUUGGCCAAUGGCCAUGGAUUUGAAGCGCUUUUAGAGGGUGAUAAAAACUUUCGUUUGCUGCAUUCCUUUCCACCAGCUGCAACAAUCGCAAUACCAAAAAAGUUAUGUCUUAUAUAUCAGAAGCCCAUUUCUUCAGAACAAAAGGAUAAGGAAGUAGAACAAUUAAAAGACGUAUGUGAUAAAGAAUUACGAGAGACUCACAAAAAUUUAAUGAGUUGUUCUUGUUUGUAUUUAGAUAUUAUAUUUGAUUUAAUGAGAACUUUUAAAAGUGAAAUGCAUUUGAUCGUGCAAAACUAUCUGGAGGAUGUUCAACAUAUCUACAAGGAAAUAAUCAAAACUGAUGAGAGACAUAUUUUAGAACUACAACAGUUUUAUUUCAAUAUUUUCAAUACUGGUUCUAAUUAUGAUUUGGAAGUAAAUAAUCAGGCUGGUGAAGUAAUUGAACUCGAUCCAUUAUUCGUAAAGCUAUUAACAAAAAAGGAUUUUGUGGAAAUGGCACUGAAGAUGGCUUUUACAAUACAUUCUACUUUACUUCAAGAGAGGAUAAAGAAAUUAAGAACUACUCUUGAAAAUUACCAUGAAGAAAUUUUGAAUUCUCUUUUAGAAAAGGAUAUACUAAUCAAGCAAAGCGAAAAAAUAAGAAAUGUGCUUUUGUUUUGUAAUAAGCAGAAAUAUAUCAUGGAUAAAUUAUUUUACAACAGUAUGAAAUUUAAAAAUUAUUUAGGUUAUUGUUAGAUUAAC